AUGACAGAUAUACAGAGCCAACCACCACCUGAAGAGAAGCAGGGUGAGGCAAGUUCAGACAUGUCCACUCUCCAAGCUAACCCCACCUCAGAAGUCCAGAUGGAGCACCCGCCUCCAUACAUGCCUCCUCCUUACCCUCCUUAUUACAGUCCAUCCCCAGCUGUCUACCCUCCUCCAGCUCCUUACCAGGGUGGCUGCAUAGGUAUCAACCUCCCACCAGAGGAGACGGGCUGUCCCACAAUAUCAAACCCAACACCUCAAACAGGUUAUGAAUCAGUGGACGAGAGCAGCACUUUGGUCGUGUCAUCCUUCGACGACAAAACCAUUCGGAAGGCUUUUAUAAGGAAGGUGUUUAGUGUGGUGACACUGCAGUUACUGGUCACCUUUAGCGUGGUGUGUAUAUUCACCUUUUCAAGCGCAUUGAAGGACGCUGUGCAGAAGAAUAUCUGGGUGUACCUCAGUUCAUACUUUAUCUUCAUGAUUGUGGCACUCUGUCUUACCUUCAGUUCCUCUUUCACCCGCAAACAUCCCUGGAACUUAAUUGCCCUGUCUGUCGUCACACUCAGUCUGUCCUACAUGGUGGGCACCGUAGCUUCGUACCACGACACGACAGCUGUGGUCAUCGCCAUGGGAUCAACUCUGGUUAUCUCUUUCACUAUAAUCAUCUUUUCUGCUCAAACCCGUAUUGACUUUACCAUUUGUAAUGGGAUUUUGCUCAUUCUGGCAGUGGACUUGAUCAUGUUUGGCUUCUUCAGCUGCUUUUUCUACUCCAGAGUUCUGCAAAUUCUCUAUGGAAGUCUGGGAGCCCUGGUCUAUGCACUGUUCCUGGCGGUGGACACUCAGCUAGUGAUGGGCAGACAGAAAUACAGCCUGGAUCCUGAAGAGUAUGUUUUUGCAGCCUUGAUUCUUUACCUGGAUAUUAUGUUAAUCUUCCUCUACAUACUUAUACUACUAGGAGGUAGCUCCAACAAGUAAAC